AUGAAUCCUGUUUUUGUUCGCCGGGGUUUCAAUGCUGCUGCUGGUUUCAUCGUACCCGGUUCCAUGCUGGACAAUACUUUUGUCCUUGAUUCCUUUGUCGCCGCCGCCAAUAAUACUGAUGGUCGUCGUCGUCCUCGGAACAACAACAACAACAUGGGGUUGUUCUCUUCACCGGUAGCAAUUGAUUCCUCUGUCGCCGCACCCAAUAAUACGGGUGGUCAUCGUCCCCGGAACAACAACAACAACAUGAGGCCUGUAGCAACAACAAGGGACGUAGGUCCACCAAAUCUUCAUACUGGAAGAGACAGAAUCAGAAUGGUAGAUGAUACUAUUCUUCUCGUUGAUAAUAAUUCUUAUUCUAUCGCUAACAACAACACCAUGGGGGGUCACAACAAUGCUCUGCUUGAUGAUGUACCAUUCUAUCAUUCUCCUCAACUUGAUUUCAUCAAUCUUGAUGAAAUUGCAACAACAGAUUUUUCAAAAACAGAUGAUCCAUGCUCCAUAUGUCUUUGUGAAUUGUCUACUGAUUCAACGGCAGUUCAGAUUCCCCGUUGCUCUCAUAUAUUCCACAGCGACUGUAUUCAAAAGUGGAUCGGUGUGAGGAGAACAUGCCCCCUUUGUAGAAUCAACCUCCUUUAG